AUGGGACAGUUAGCUCAGAUACGACACGCGUUGAAAGACCUUUAUCUGAAUAUAUUUGGCGGUCGACGGAGGUGUGAGUCCACCAGACGUCUGGACGGAAAGGUAGUGGUGGUCACCGGCGCUAACACAGGGCUCGGCAAAGUGACUGCAUUACAACUGUCCCUUAGGGGCGCUAAGGUGUACAUAGCGUGUAGAGACUUAGGGAAAGCCGAUAUAGCGGUUAAGGAGAUAUUAGCAGACAAUCCCAGUGCUAAUAUUGUAACCAUUAAACUGGACCUGAGCUCAUUCAAGUCGAUCCGUGAGUUUGCCGAUGACCUGGCUAUACGUGAGCCACACGUGGAUAUACUGGUGAAUAAUGCGGGCGUUUUCAUGUGUCCCGAGUGGAAGACUGCCGACGGGUUUGAGAUGCAGUUUGGCACUAAUCACCUUGGCUCAUUUCUAUUAACCCUAUCAUUGAUGCCAUUACUGAAGAAGUCAGUGGCGGCCCGAGUGGUGAACCUGGCGUCCAGUGCCCACAUGACCGGCCAAAUCAACUUCGAUAACAUUAACCUCAAUAACGGCGCCUACAGUCCAAUGAAAGCCUACGCCCAGAGUAAACUGGCUAACAUACUGUUCACCCGGGAA